AAUGCAAUGUUUGGUGCCAUGUUUGCAAAUUUAACGAAUGAGAGGCUGAUUGGUGGCCUUGAUUCCCACCCUCCUGCGUUUCCAGACCCGACCCCUGAUUAGCCGCAGUUGGCUGAUCUCGAGCAGCACUACGUCAUAGCCUUUCGUCGUCGCAUAUGCCGCGACCACUAUCCUGCACCCUUCAGGUUGCGCUGCCAUCCUCCCCCAUGUCAUCACCGGUCAUGGGAAGCCUGACGUGAAGGGGAGGCUUCAGCCACAUGAAAUCAGGGUUGCAGCAGCUAUGAUGUUACAAGGGCUCUCCAAGUUUAUCUCCAGGAAGGUCUACCUAACUUGCUAGAAAAGAAGAUCGUGUAAACCUUCAGCGUCCUUGGCAUCCCAAUUGUUCAACUCUCAUCCCAACUCAACAUAUCAACAGUGAAGACAGAGAAUCUGCAUCCUGCAAAAAUGUCAUCGCCACAAAAUAAGAAGAACGAGCAGAUCCAAAACCCGGAAAGGGAGGAGGAGCAAACUGCUACACAAGCCAACCAGCCAGAAACCGCCGAACAAACACACGCCGCCACGGCAGAGGACGACAAUGACGAUGGUGACUUCAACAACAACAAUCAGCACGAAGAUGGGGAAGCCGAGGAAGGCCAACCCGAGGACGGCGAGGAGUACGAGGAAGAAGACCCCGACGCGGAAAACCAGCAGGUCCUAGAAGACGACUACCAGGAGGACGGCGAAGAGGCCGAAGGCGAGGCCGCAGCAGAGGAUGACGAAGCCUACCCGGCGCAAGCUCAGGAGGAGCAAGACGAGGAAGACAGCCCGGCCUACUCAGCGCCCGCCACACCCAAGGACGAUGAGAAGCCGCAGCCGAAGUGGAUGCAGACGCAGCAACAGCAGAAACAGCAGCAGAACCGGGAACUGCAGCGCCGCCGCCGCCGUCCUCAGAGACGUUACCAAGACGACGACGAUGAUGACGACGAUGACUACGACGACCAGGUGUAUCGCCAGCCGCGCAUGCAGCAGCAGCAAAUGAUGCCGCAGCCCCAGCAGCAGGGCGGUGGAGGCGGCAAGAACCCGCUCAAGCUGAGGUUGGAUCUCAACUUGGAGGUGGAGAUUGAGCUGAAGGCGCAUAUCCAUGGUGAUUUGACGCUUGCUUUACUCAACUAGAUUGACAGGUCGGGCUAACCAUUGUGUUUCUCGCCUAUUCUUCGUUGCUUUAGAGAAGGGUUGUAAUGGUUCCUCUGGCGCAGCUUCCAUUUGUUUCCGGUGAAGUAGUCGACAUCCGAAUAUCUAUGGGAGGGAUGAGGGAGCAGUAC